AUGGCGUCCAAGGCACCGAAACCAGUUCCGAAGUCGGGGGGAGAUGGUCCAGAUAGAAAAGGCUCCGUUAAGCAUGCUAGGCAGAUGUUGGAAGCUGGCAUGCGCCCUGGAGAUCGCCGGCAACCGGCUGUACCCUCGAAUGCUGCCUCUGAUCCCGCUCGCAUGACAAACUGGCCGCUGCCCGAUAACACGACCCUGGCACCGCCGCCCACGAAGCCAUACCCUUCCAAAGGGCCUCCACCCCAAAGACCACCACACCCCAGCGAUAUACCGUCGCCUUCGGUUUACUCCGUGAACUCGGUCUCUGAUUACGCGCCAAGUCCACUUCAUAUCAGACGGGACUUUCCACCUGUCCCUCCAGUGUCUCAGGAACAGAUGACCCAUUAUCAGAUCCCCCGUCAGCAGAUACUUCACCAGCAGAUGGCUUAUCGGCAGAUGCCUCCUCCAAAGGUGCCACAGGACCGUUACGAUGAUGUUGAUAGCCCAACCGAUACGACGCCGCGUAUAUCUAUCGCGACUGAGGAGUUAUUCCGUCAAUCAGGCACUUCGUCUGUGGGCACGAUUCCGGAUUUCCCAGUUGCUCUUGCUGAUUCCUAUCAUAUUCAUAAUAAUGCCAACCUGGCUCCUGUGCCUCCUUACAGACAAUCUCAACAUCCUUUCAAUAUUCGUGGAUCGGCCGUUUCACCCAUUCCCGAGGAGCUCACAGAAAGUCCAAGCGGCCGUGUUGGUUCAUUUGCGUCGAGCAGGGUUAUUCCUUCUAGUUGGGGUUCGGCCCCGGCAGAGUCGGAGAUUCUUGGGGCUUAUUUGAACGAUGACGAGACUCACUCCAAGGAUGAGAACCUAGACAUGGAAGGAAAUGCCAUGCUCCUCCGCAGCGCCAGCGUCGGAACACGAGGCAAGCCUUCUCUGCGUACGAUACAGAAACCAAACACCGAAUCAUCUGUCACCGCCAAGGACGCUGUUGAGAGCGACGUCGUCUCUGCUCCUGUUGCCAAGGAAGUCCUCACUGACGGACACAGGGUCACCAGAUUCGAAGUUAGAAAUUCAAACUCGACAGUGUCCUCAGAAAAGUCUUACCAUUACAACAUCGAGAAGACACCGUUACCGAUGCCCAUUCCUGUGCUUCAUCCUAGCGAAAUAGAUAUGCAUGCUGACGAUCUCGCUCUGGAGAAAGAACUCGGUAGCUUCCCAAAACCCGCCCCUACGAUGAGUGAUAAGAGACCCAUGGGACGUCGCCCUCCCCGUCUCAAUAUGGGUGCGGUGAAAGAUGCAGAAGCUAGAGGAAGCCUGACAAGCUUGCCUGAUUUGAUCAAGCGGGCUACCAGACUCGCGUCGAACUUGGAGCACGGCAGAACUGCCAGCAAGGCGAAUGCGCUGAAUGAUUUUGACGGGCCCAAUAUGGGUCGUGGCUCCCGCCAUUCGGGAUCUAUCUCUGACAUUCUCAACUCAUUCCCAAACCCUACCGGCCAGAACAACUCCAACGCACACUCAUCUUGGCCCGUAUUUUUCAGGAGAUCCACCUUGCAUAAGAUAGAUUCCGGCGACCAGAACGUCGAGGGUGCUGCUGAAGGGUCUUCGAAGCGCCAACGACGCUGUUGCGGAAUGCCGACUUGGGUUUUCGUCUUGGUCUGUGUGCUAGUGGUUAUCGUGGUUCUCCUUGCCGUCCUGUUGCCCAUCUUUCUCGUGGUACUUCGGCAUCACAGCUCGAGCAGUUCCAGCUGCGCCACGACCAACCCGUGCAAGAAUGGUGGUGUCAGCGUAUCCAGCGGCGAUAUAUGCUCUUGUGUCUGCUCGAAUGGCUACACUGGCAAACACUGCACGGUUGCUGGAGAUUCAAGCUGUGUCACUAUGAAGCUCUCCUCGUCCGAGGCAACUGUGGGAAGCUCGUUACCAGCCCUGUUCGAGGCGUCCGAGUCGAACUUCAGCAUCCCUCUUGACACAACGACCAUCCUUGCCUUAUUCAGCGCGAGCAAUGUUACCUGCAGGACGGAGAACGCACUCGUCUCUUUUGAAGAACUCGACACGAGCAGCAAGCGCCGUCGGUCACUCGCCGACUUGCCAGUUGAAGGUGGCGACAACGAGCCCAACGCUAUCCCUCCUUCCAUUACCACCUUUGUGACUUCGACCCCGACCCUCGCCGCUCGAGACUCGAUCGAGACCGUCAACGGGAUUGUCUUUGACGACGUAUCCCAGACUGCAUCUGCGACUACCUCCACCACCGCUUCGACCUCUUCGGCCACAGGCACAGCAACGUCGACCUCCUCCACUGCAACAACCACCACCGCAACCACGACUGCAACCGCGACUGCAACCGCGACAUCCACGGCAACCAGCGUUUCCACCACUGUUCUUGACUUCUCCAAGAUCGCCGUUCUUUUCAUCUUCGAGCAGACCGGCGACUUCGACAUCGCGCUGGACACCGAGUCGGCCAUCCAGGCGUAUCUGUCAAAGGGGACCUCUUCGUCAAGUAAUAGCAGCUCUAUAGACCUGGAGAAAUUCGGCGUGGACGCAGAUUAUACCCUGGAUUUCAGCGCUUACACAAUCACCGCAUCAAACGGAACGGUCAUCGGAGGAAGCUCAUAA